CAGUGAGAUUUACAAAGAUGACUGCCUGAAGAUGACCUCAAAAUUCCCUCAGUCCUUGGUGAUAUGGGGCUUUUAUGACAACUUGCAGUCUCUGAGGCAUGGACUUGAUGAGUAUUCUUCAUCAAUUUGAUGCCAACUCUCUUUGAUUGCAGUUGCCAGAUCAUCCUUGCAAGUCGGAGCCUUGCUAUGGACCAUUUUUUUUUCAAUUUCCAGCACAGGUUAUCAAUAGGGUUGAGAUCUAGGCUAUUUGCAGACCAUGACAUUGACUGGAUGAGUCUUUCUCCUAGGAAUCCUUUAACAGUUUUAGCUCUGUGGUAUGAUGCAUUGUCAUCUUAGAAAAUGACAAACAUAUUUUCAAUUGAAGGGAUAAGAAAGCUGUCUAAAAUUUCAAUGUGAACUUCUGUAUUUUUUUUAAGAUUUAACCACAGGUAUCUCCCCAGUGCCUUAGCCUCACAUGCAGCCCCAUAUCGUCAAAGACUGAGGGAAUUAUGAUGUCUUCUUCAGGCAGUCUUUGUAAUUCUCACUGGAACGGCACCAAAGAAAAGUUCCAGCAUUAUCACCUUGUCAAAUGCAGAUUCUUCACUCUUUACAAGGAUUCUUGACUCUUGUCCAAUGCAGAUUCUUGACUCUUGACAAGGUGAUGAUGCUGGAACUUUUGUUUGGUGCCGUUCCAGUGAGAUUUACAAAGAUGACUCAUCCAGUCAAUGUCAUGUGGAUGAGUCUUUCUCCAAGGAAUGCUUUAACAGUUUUAGGUCUGUGGUAUUAUGCAUUGUCAUCUUGGAAAAUGACAUAUUUUCAACUGAAGGGAUAAGAAAGCUGUCUAAAAUUUCAGUGUAAACUUGUGUAUUUUUUGAAGAUUUAACCACAGCCAUCUCCCCAGUGCCUUUGCCUGACAUGCAGCCUCAUAUCAUCAAGGACGGAGGGAAUUAUGAUGUCUUUGUAAUUCUCACUGGAACGGCACCAAACAAAAGUUCCAGCAUUAUCAUCUUGUCCAAUGCAGAUUCUUGACUCCUGACAACUAACCCUAAACCCUAACCCUAACCAAGAGGAGAGAAAAACAUAGAAAUAAUAGAAACACCAAAGAAACACAAGAAAAAGACAAAACACACGUUACUACAGGAAGAAUUGGAAAUGAUCACAGAAGACCCAGAUAUGGGAGAAUUAGAAGAAGAAAUGGAAAAGGCAGACGCAGAAUGAGAUUAACUCUUGACUAUGAUGUUGGAUGAAUCAGGAACAGACUUAGAAGAAGAGAUAAAAUCAAGACUUAGAUAAUGAUGACUAAACAGAAACAGAUGAAGGAGAAAAAAAUAGAAAUAGAGGAACAAAAGACAGAGACAUCAUUGAACUAAACAAGAAACACACCAAAUGAAAACAGAAAAGGCACGAAAGUGACAUGAAAAUUCUACCAGAAAGAUAAAACAAUGGAGAUUAGAAGCCAGAAAAAAUGCAUAAUAGUAGGAGACGCUAAUUUAGCUUUCAUUCCUAAAUUUUAUGUGAAUAACAUGCAAAUAGACAGUUAUCCUGGAGGCCAUUUUCGACAUUGCUUUAGCUGAAUACAUACAUUAACCAAAAUGUGAGCCAUGUGUUAGCCUUGGAAGCUGAAACGUUUAAGGUGGAACAAAACAAAAUUCAAUGGACAACAACUACAGCCAAACAUAUGCUAAUUCAUUGGUGCAAAGCUCUACAAAAAGACUCCAUAAAGAAAAGAACAAAAGUACACAUAUGCUUACCACAAAUAAUUAUACUUACCUUUACUUGAAAUACUUACCUGUACCCGAAUCCUACAUCGUAACCCUAAACCAUAGCUACAAAAUAAAUGAGACCCAAUAUAGGGAUACAAUGUACAUGGUCUUGCUUUAUUUUAUCAAUUUUAGCUAUAAAUUAAGACUUAGCUUCAACAUCACUGGGACCGUUAGCCACGUAGUAAGCCAAUCUCCAUUUUACUGCGGAGUCAUUGGUCGUAAUACUUUUAUAACGUAACCUAGGAACUCCUCCUUUAUGACGACCCAAUUAUUUUCCCAUUUCCACCCUUGGUAGCUUCUUUGGUAUUUUAAAGGCCACUAACGAUGAUCCGGGAUGAGAAUGUAAAAUCUGCUUGGAUAUCUUACACAACAGACGGGUUAGAGCUGGGAUGCAUUAAUUCCAUGUGUUGGACAGAUCCUUGAUAAUACGUUUGUCAUUUUCCAAGAUGACAGUGCAUCAUGCUACAGAGCUAAAACUGUUAAAGCAUUCCUUGGAGAAAAACUCAUCCACAUGACAUUGACUGGAUGUGUCAUCUUUGUAAAUCUCACUGGAACGGCACCAAACAAAAGUUCCAGCAUCAUCACCUUGUCAAGUCAAGAAUCUGCAUUGUACAAGUUGAUGAUGCUGGAAGAAGUUUUGUUUGGUGCUGUUCAAGUGAGACCUUAACUGGCCAAAAAUUACCUAAUUGCCUGGCAUUGACUGCCACUGACGGCCAUAGAUGUCCAAACCGUUUGACGUGGGAGGGAUGGCAGCGAAUGAACGAAUGUUGCCACCACUGAUUAAACUCAUUCCAAUUCACACUAGAAGCUUGUUUUUCUGUCAAUUGUUGUUUGUAGAAUAUCCUAGAAUGAGUUUCUGACCAAUGUAGCCAUCUCCCUGGUGCCUUUGCCCGACAUGCAGCCCGAUAUCAUCAAGGACUGAAGGAAUUUUGAAGUCUUCUUCAGGCAGUCAUCUUUGUAAAUCUCACUGGAACGGCACCAAACAAGUUCCAGCAUCAUCACCUUGUCCAAUGCAGAUUCUUAACUCUUGACAAGGAUUCUUGACUCUUGUCCAAUGCAGAUUCUCGACUCUUGACACUUUGUCCAAUGCAGAUUCUUGACUCCUGACAAGGUGAUUAUGCUGGAACUUUUGUUUGGUGCUGUUCCAGUGAGAUUUACAAAGAUCAAAAUUCCCUCAGUCCUUGACGAUAUGGGGCUGCAUGUCAGGCAAAGGCACCGGGGAGAUGGUUGUGGUUAAAUCUUCAAUAAACGCACAAGUUUACAUUGAAAUUUUAGCUUUCUUAUCCCUUCAAUUGAAAAUAUGUUUGUCAUUUUCCAAGAUGACAAUGCAUCAUGCCACAGAGCUAAAACUGGUAAAGCAUUCCUUGGAGAAAGACUCAUCCACAUGACAUUGAGUGGAUGAGUCAUCUUUGUAAAUCUCACUGGAACGGCACCAAACAAAAGUUCCAGCAUAGUCACCUUGUCAAGAGUCAAGAAUCUGCAUUGGACAAGGUGAUGAUGCUGGAACUUUUGUUUGGUGCUAUUCCAGUGAGACCUUAAACAGCCCAAAAUUACCUAAUUGCCUGGCAUUGACUGCCACUGACGGCCAUAGACGUCCAAUCCGUUUGAAGUUGGAGGGAUGGCAGCGAAUGAACACGUCUACUCGUGAUAAUCUCAUUCCAAUUCACACUAGAAGCUUGUUUUUCUGUUAAUUAGUUGUUUGUCGAAUAUCCUAGAAUGAUUUCCUGACCUAUCGCCAUAUCGUCAGAUCAUCGUUAUAUUGAGCUUUGUAUUGUAUCGUAUCGUGAGGUACCAAGAGGUUCCCACUCCUAGUGAUAAAAGAACCACGUCACAGUCGGUGACACUGAAAGAGUUAAUGUAAGAGAACUGUUCCUGACAUCUCUUUGGCAACAAAUUUAAGAUUUCAUCAUUCAAAGCACACUUCCUCACUGUUUCAUCACAUGCCGUUUGAGUAAUUGCUACAUGUAUGUCCAAACUGAUGUUUUUAGUGUAUGAACAUUUCCAAAUAAAGUGUUUGCAGGACUGUAAAAUACAACUCUUGACUCAAUCUGGGGCAUUGGACGCACAAAGCCACAAUUGUGCCAACUCGGCAUGAAAUCUGAGUGAGCCUCGCGCUUAGAAUAGCAUCUCGUUGCUGUUUCGUGGGAGUAGAAGCAGACUGCUUUGAGUCUGACAGAGUGUAAAGCGCGAGACGCAUUUUGUUGUUUUUGGUCUAAUCCGCAUGGAGGCGAGUGCAAGUGGCCUGCCAGAAGAAUGGGAAGCUCAAUGGAGGAGGGAGAAGGAAAGAAGAGAGCAAGUUUUAGGAGAAGGACAAGCUGGAGUUGAGCAGGAUAAGCGCGAGUUGCGAAGAAUCGUGGCCUUCAACGACUCCAGAUUGGGGCUGACGGGCGAGAAGAUGGAACCAGGUUGCCCGGAUGGUGUCCGAUUGUAUCAGAGCCAAAGCUUUCCUUGUGAGACGUUCGAGGUCUUGAAGGAGUUUCUCGAAUCGCGUCUCCUCACGGAUCUGACGUUAAUCACGAACGACGGAAACACCUUCAAUGUUCACUCUUCAAUCCUCGCUGCUGUCAGUUCUUUCGUCAAGGCGAGUGUUAAGAAAGAAGCUCAAAUGCGUGAUGAGGGUGAGACCGCUCCACACCAGUGGUCCUUGUUUCUGGGUCCAGAUGUAGAUCAUUGUGGGCUACGGGCAAUUCUUGAGUUUGCUUAUACCGGGGAGCUUAUAACAGGUGAGAACCUACCUCAAAUCAAGGCAGCGGCACGCGCACUUGGAGUUUCUAGAUUAGUGGACAUCUGUGAGCAAGCUGCAGGACCAGAGACAGGUCAGAAGAAGAAACCUGCCUUUGAGGAGAUGAGGCAUACCCUUCGAUCCAUAGAGCAGUUGUGGGCCGACGGUGUGGGCUGCAAUGUCAUUUUGGAUCUCAGUGGAGCUUUGUUCCCCGGUUUGUACCAUCAGUCCUAUUCUCAUUUUGUAGAUGCUUCAGAAUGGAAUGAACUACUUCUUCUGCCAGUCCACAGGGUGAUCCUGGCGGCAAGCAGCGACUACUUCCGAGGCAUGUUCACCAGCGGGAUGAGGGAAUCAGUUCAAGCCCGAAUUGCCCUUCCUGUCAACGAAGCUCCAGAGAUGGCCGCUUUGAUUUGCUGUUGCUACCGCGGGACGCUUUCAGUUAACUGGGACUGCGUUUUCGAACUAGCCUGUACGGCGCUCCGGUUUCAGUUCCGGUCGGCAGUCUCGCUUUGCCUACUCUUCAUGCGGCAAGAAAUGGAAGCGAGUACCUGUUUGGAUGUUGCUUCUUUUGCCGAAGCUUACGGGAUCUCAGAUCUCCUCGAAGAAGCCGAUGACUACGUGCUGCGAAACUUUUUGGAGGUGUCUGCUACUGAAAAGUUUAAGGAUCUCCAAGCUGAGAAGCUUUUCAAAUUCCUCUGCAGCGAUGGGCUCAGCGCGCCGUCUGAGCUAGUCGUUUUUCGAGCUCUAGUCUCCUGGCUGGAGGCGGAACCUGACGAAAGACUGGGACUUGCCGGCAAACUGAUGAGAGGGGUUCGCUUCCCCCUUAUGACAUUUCGAGAGUUCAGGGAAGUCAGGGCUAUCAACCUGCGCAUGGAAACCAAAGACGUGCAACUUCAGGGCGCUGCUUUUAAAGAAUUCGGAUCCAGCAUCCCUAUGCAGGAUCACCAUCGUGUAAGGUUCCCCAAAGACUGCCUCCUCCUUGUCGGUGGGGACCGGCUGGACCCUGAUGUAGGCCGGCGCAUACCAAGUCGUGAAAUAUGGUUUUUAAACUCCCUGCGAUCAGGAAUCGGCCUUGUGAAGGACAUUGAGUGGAGGAUGCUGGCCCAGAUUCCAGAAAAACCAAAGUUCAGACAUGCAGUUGCAACAAUUGGGGGGCGGUUGUUUGUGAUUGGAGGAUGUCACUUUUACGCCCGGGACAACGUUAUGAAAUCCACCUACAGCUACGACCCUGAGCAGGGCUUUUGGAGGAGAUGCAGCGACAUGAAGGAAUGUCGAAGUAGCUUCUCAGCAGUUGUGCACAAAGGUAAACUUUGUGUUAUUGGCGGAGACGAGCAGCUGAAUACCAAUUUGAAGAGUGUGGAGAUGUACGACAGCGAGGCGGACACCUGGAGCUUUGUUCAUCCUCUGGAUCAGCCACUAAGUGGGCAAGCUGCCACUGUCCUCGACGAAAGGGUGUUCAUCUCUGGAGGUUUUGACUCACAGUACAUUUGCCUUACCUCCUUGUUCAUGUACGACCCGGAGGUGGGAAGCAUCAGCAUGGCAGAUAUGAAUCAAGACCGGGCCCAGCACUGCAUGGAGGCUCUGCGAGGCCGUCUAUACGUAGCCGGCGGCGUGUGCAACCUGAGGAAGUUUUACACCGACCAGCUCAAUUGUGAGGUUUACAAUCCAGCUGCUGAUUCAUGGACAUCAAUCGCACCUCUGCCCGUGCCUCAUGUGGGUGCGGCCUCGGCCAUUUUAGAGGAGAAUGUCUACAUUCUGGGAGGGUACUGUCAAGAAGAUUACAGCGAGUCUUGGCUCGUCCACCGGUUUAACCGUGGCACAAAACGCUGGGAGAGAAUGGGAAAAGUGCCAGCAGCUGUUACCGACAUUAGGGCCUGUGUGCUAAAAUUACCCAGGACUUUGAGAUGCUAGCAUUGAAAUAAGUGAAACAUCACAUCUGGAUUGUGUUACUAUUGUUUAUAUGUUCUUAUCAACCAGGAUGUAUUGUAAAAUAAAAUGGAUCGACUCAGGUAGCAGGACAAAAGGGCAAGACAAUUGUGUUUGUUCUUCUACAUCAGGGGUCUCCAACCCAGUCCAUAAGGGCCGCUGUGGCUUCUGUUUGUUUUCUUUGCGGAACAGUUUGGAGACCCCUGCUCUACAUGAAUGCAUUCAUCAUUUUAUUUCAGACAUGAAGACACGCAAGAAUGACAAAAACAAAGAGGACAUCGACCUUCUGAUGCUGAUAAACGGUAAGACUGUACAAAAUAUCCUUCUACGUGCGUACAUGUGGUGGCAGAAAUAGCACAGACGCUCGCAGGUCGUUGUUCGGCCCCGGCAUCUUUCCCAUGUUCUCCCACUUCCGCAGAGCUGGGUCGUAACGGUGGACCAUCUUGGUGUCGCUGUAGUCCUCUUGACUGUACCCGCCCAGCACGUACAACUUCCCCUCCAGAACGGCACUUCCAGCCCCCACGUGAGGCACGGGUAGAGCCGAGAAAGCCGUCCAACAGUCCGCAUCGGGAUCGUACGCCUCGCAGGCUAGCUGAUCUAUCGCCGUCUGCUUAUUGUCCUGUGUAAUCCCGCCCAUGACGUAAAGACGGUCGUCUAGAGUCUCCAUGCAGUGGUGAGCACGUCCUCCAGACAUAUUAGCCAGGUAGAUGCUACCUUUUUCUGGGUGGUACACAAACAGAGAUGCCAGACAACAGUGGUCGCUGUUCAAUCCACCAGAAAUGAAGAUCUGCCCUCGAGAAACUUUGGCCACGUGCCCAGCGAGGGUCUGAUCCAGGGGCCGAACAAAGCUGAAAUUGAUAUGUGAGAGCAUUUCAAUGUUAACUCAAUAGCACUGAAAGAUAAGCAUUCACACUUUUCCAGUUUCAGACAUCUUUCCAGCUAACGUUUGUUAGCUUAGCUUAGAUUAGCAUUGGAUGCUCUUACCUCCAAGAGUUAGCAGCAGGUGAGAAGCAUUCUACACUAUCUGUAUAAUCAGGGUGACAGCGCCCCCCAAUGGCAUAUAUGUGAUCGCCUAGUACCACCACUGAGAAGUAGCCCUUCUUAUUUGUCAUGUCAGCCAUUCUCUCCCAGCUGUUUUGGAGUAGGUCAUACCUGUGUUGAAAGAUAAAAAAAUUAAACAUUUGAACCCUGAUAAUCCCCUUUUAACAGGCCUCACCUGUAAACAGACUUUAGGGUGUCUUCUGUCCCGUAGUACUUUUUCCCACCAAAGACGUAGAGUUUCCCUUUGAGCACCGCGGCUUCAUGGCAGAACCUCGCCGGAUCCGGCAUUUCUCCCAGCAGCCUCCACUCCAUCGCUUUUCUUAUCCCCGUGUGGUUCAUUAGAGAAUUCCCGAACCAGACUUCUCUGCUCAAACGGCGAUUCCCCAGGUCCUCGGAGAUCUGAUCGCCUCCGGUCAAGACUAUAAUCUGUUUCGGCAAGUAGAUGCGGCUCUGCGGUUCCACUUCAUUGGAGCAGAACACCUCCCGCACUUCUUCAUAGAGCUCGGCCAGCUCGUGUAGACGCCACAGUUUCGCCACCUGAACUUCUUUGAAUUCCUUAAAUGUCAUAAGGGGGAAGUGGACAGUUUUCAUGAGCUCUCUGGCAAGUUUACAUC